UCAACAUAAUGGGUCUCAACAAAAUCUAAUCUUUUGCGAAUUAUCUUAUUAUCAUUGUACCAUUCGCCAAUAUUUGGGCCUACUUGGUUAAUCUGUUUUAAGUGCCGCAACAAUGUCCAAACGCGAUAAUCCGUGCCUCCAUUAUAAUAGUAUUAAUUUCAACUCAAACUGCUCCAUCAGUAUAUCAUGUUUGUUAUUAUAAUUUUUUAUGUUUCUUAGUGACAAUGGAUACUGCCAGUGAUAGUAGUGAUAAAAAGGAUGACGGAAACUCUCAGAAAAAGGAGCUGCCAUCAAAUUUACAAAAGAUAUGUCUGGUGUGCGGUGAUAAAGCACUCGGUUAUAACUUCAAUGCCAUAUCGUGUGAGAGCUGUAAAGCAUUUUUCAGACGGAAUGCUUUAGCCAGCAAGGAGUUUAAAUGUCCCUUUACUAAUAACUGUGAAAUUACCGUAGUCACAAGAAGAUUCUGUCAGAAAUGUCGAUUGGAAAAGUGCCUGUCAGUAGGAAUGGUUAAAGAAUUCAUCAUGUCUGAUGAAGAUAAAGCAGAGAAACGGAGGAAAAUAGAGGAGAAUAGAGCUAAAAAACGACAUCACAGUGAUCGUGAUAUUGAGGAUGCAGUAUCAAGCUCUAAAAGCAUGAAACGUGAUGAUGAAAUAAGCAAUAGUAAUUAUAUACCACCCGUCCAGGAGUCAGUUGUACAGUAUGACGCACUGAAUAGUACAACUAGUAGUCCAAGUAGUACUGUGCAGAGUCCAUUAGGUACAGAUUUAGAGUCACACACAAUACACCCCUCUGCCUACUAUACACCUGUACAAAAUGCAGAUGUGUCAUAUACUAUGAAGGUGUUUCCUAUAGAAGACAAAAAUGGAAUCAACAGGACUUUGUAUGAACAACAUAUACUGAACCCAUAUCAGGCAUUUGAUAUGGACAGUAAUAUGUAUGCAGAGACUCCUAAACAAAAUAGCAUUAGAUCUAUCCUAACAAAUGGGGAUACUGCCAUUUACAAAGAACAUAAGCCUCAGCACAUUUGUGAAGAAAUGCCGUCUACCAGCAAUAAUCCUGACAUAAACAAGGCUAGAGAUAUUUUACAAGAUGUUGAAAGGAUAGAGCCCAACUCUAUGGAAUCAAUACUGUGUGAGGCAAUCAAACUUGAGUUUGAGGCAUACACAUCUGUCAAUCAAUGUAGCGGCUCCUCCAGAGAACUAAAUGAGGUGGAACGCGCAAAAUUGAAUGAACUGAUUGUCGCAAAUAAAACAUUACAUGCCCCUAUUGAUGAUGACUUAUCACAGCUUAUAGGUGACGCCAGCUCCGCCGGACUCAAGGAAGGCGACGGCAAGCACGAUCCAAGACUGAUAAAAAUAGUAAAUCUGACUGCAGUCGCAAUACGGCGGUUCAUAAAGAUGGCGAAGAAGAUUAAUGCAUUCAAAAAUAUGUGCGAAGAAGAUCAGGUCGCUCUGCUGAAAGGAGGAUGUAUAGAAAUGAUGGUGUUGAGGAGUACGAUAAAUUAUGAUGGCCAAAGAAAACAGUGGAAGGUUCCCCACUCACAAGAUAAGUUUGGUAGCAUACAAACUGAUCUCUUAAAGUUAGCUAAAGGCAAUAUAUACAGGACCUACGAGUCAUUUAUACGGUCAUUCGACCACCGCUGGCGGUUGGAUGAACACGUAAUACUGAUCAUGUCCGCCAUAUUGCUGUUCACGCCUGAUCGCGCUAAAGUUGUGCACCGAGACGUUAUCAAGUUAGAACAGAAUUCCUACUACUAUCUACUACGAAGGUAUCUCGAGAGCGUUUACCCUGGCUGCGAAGCAAAAUCUACAUUCCUCAAACUUAUACAGAAGAUUCUAGAACUCAGGAAGUUAUCGGAAGAAGUCACUGGUGUAUACCUCGAUGUUAAUCCUAUAGAACCAUUACUUAUGGAGAUUUUCGAUUUGAAGCACCAUGCUGCUUGAGGGUAGGUGUAUAAUUUUCUCCUAAACGUUGCCAAAUAGGGUUCAUAUUGCUUUAAAAAUAACUACACAACAUCUUAAUUCAUAUUGUUUUUAUUUUUUGAAAUCUCUUGUAACAGUCAAAACCUUUUUAAGUUUUAACAAACUGAUUGUACCUACAAUUCUUUUAUUCAUAAAAAGGUGUAAAUCUAUAGACAGAAACAAGAUUCGUGGAAUAUUAGAGUAUCACAUAUCUAAAUGUGUGAAACAUUGUAAUAAUGUACUUUCUAACUAUAAUAUUAUUAGAAGCACAUUAUUACAGAGUCGAAUGUCACGACGCAAUACGGUACAAUAUACCAUUUCUACCUCAAUACAUCUUAUUUUUAGCAAAAUUCCUACAAAAAAAGAGUCGAGGUGUAUUAAUGAUUUCGUCUUUUUAUGAAUAACACCGUUGAAAUGUUUAUGUCAUUGAAGACAUCAGUAGA